AUGACCAGUACAAUGUCCAUGAGAGGGCGUCGGACACACCGCAAAUCGCGGCAUGGCUGCCAGCAAUGCAAGGCCAGGAAGAUCAAAUGUGAUGAAGUCAAGCCGACCUGUAGAAAUUGCAGCAAACACGCAGUAGACUGCACAUAUUCUCUCCCAAGCGGAGGAAGUCCUCUUGCACAAGGUCAAGAAACAUCCCCGCAGGCCUCCAACCUGAGCAGCUGCGGACCUUCAGACCUCGCAGUGCACGAUCUGGAGCUCCUGCAUCAUUUCUCUACCUCGACGGCCUACACAUUCUCUCAACAUGCAGCGAUACAAACCUUCUGGCGAAUUGAUGCACCGCAGAUCGGAUUUGCCGCCCACUACACGCUGCGUGCGAUGCUAGCCAUAUCAGCCCUCCACAUGGCCUACCUCAGACCAGCGCAACGGCAACUCUACGUGUCUCAGGCAGAAGCCCAUCACAGUGUGGCCUUGAAGUUUGUGACCUCAAACAUGACGCAGCUCAUAAACGAGAACAGCUCAGCGGUCUUCCUGUUCUCCAUCCUUACUAGCUUCUUCUCCUGCGCCAAGCCCCGCAAACUCGAGGACCUGCUUCUCUUCCAGCAAGGGAGAAUCUCCGAGUGGCUGCUCCUCUUCCGCGGAACGGGGACAAUAGUCGAAUAUGCGCAGGAGGAACUCCGAUCGGGGCCAUUGGCGGCGUUGCUGAAUAUUCGACAGCGCCGAUCGGACUACCGCAGCACCCUCUCUACCCAGGGGCAACCCUUCAUGAACGAUUUGGAGGAGUUGGUCCGGGAGGAGGUCAAAGACCAGCAGGAAUUACAGAUUUACCUGGGAGCAAUACAGGAAAUGAGGGUUUCGUAUGCGCUCUGGUCGGAUACCGGGGUCUGGGAGACGGGGGAUGUCUUCGUCUGGCUGCUGCUGGUGUCGGAGGAGUUUUUGAUGUUCCUUCGGGAGCAGCGGUAUGUGGCGUUGGUGAUAUUUGGGUACUUCUGUCCCUUGCUCCGGCGGCUGGAGUGGAUGUGGUGGCUGGAGGGGUGGAGUGUGCAUUUACUUUCUCGGAUCCAUGGGUUGCUGGACAAGGAGCACCGCACUUGGAUCCAGUGGCCGAUGGAGCAACUGGGCUGGCGGCCUUGA